CUAAUCUCAAGUUUACUGAACCGUUAUCAAGGAUUCCAAAUUACCUCAUUUAAAUUCUUGGUUUAGUCUUGCUCUGUUAUUGCUGUUGAACAAGUGUGUUAUUUAUUGUUGAAGAAUGUUAGCCAACAUUCUAUGUAUGAUCUUAUUGGUACUACCAUUCACCAAAUCUCUGGAUAAUGGUUUAGCACGCACUCCGCCCAUGGGUUGGAUGCACUGGCAAAGAUUCAGAUGCGUAACUGACUGUGCCGCCUAUCCAGACGACUGUAUUAGUGAGAAACUUUUCCGUGAUAUGGCAGACCAUAUGGUGUCAGAUGGUUUUAAAGAUGCUGGCUACGAAUAUGUUAUGAUCGAUGAUUGUUGGGCUAGUAAGGAAAGGGAUAAUGUUACUGGAAGGCUCCAGCCCAAUCCCGAUAGGUUUCCUAGUGGAAUAAAAGCUCUGGCAAAUUAUAUUCACGAUAAAGGGUUGAAAUUUGGUAUAUAUGCAGACUACGGUACAUUAACCUGCGCAGGUUAUCCAGGAAGCAUUGAUCACCUGGAACUAGAUGCGCAAACUUUCGCCGAUUGGGGAGUGGACUAUUUAAAAUUCGACGGGUGUAAUUCGGAUGUUAUGACAAUGGAAAGUGGUUAUUCUCUUAUGUCAGCAUACUUGAACGCCACUGGUCGACCGAUUGCUUAUUCUUGUAGUUGGCCCGCUUAUCAGGAACCUAUAGGAAUUCAUCCAAACUAUGAACAAAUGUCCAAAGUGUGCAACUCGUGGCGAAACUGGGACGACAUUGACGAUUCCUGGGGCAACGUGACGAAUAUUUUGAGUUGGUUCAGCAAGAAUCAAGACAGGAUUGCUAAAUAUUCCGGGCCCGGCCAUUGGAACGAUCCUGACAUGCUAAUUAUCGGUAAUUAUGGUUUGAGCUACGAACAAGCCAAAUCGCAAAUGGCUAUUUGGUCUAUAAUGGCCGCUCCACUGAUAAUGUCAGUAGAUUUGAGAACCAUUGAAGCCCAGUUCAGAGAUAUUUUACUAAACAAAGAAGUGAUUGCGAUAAAUCAGGAUUCUUUAGGGGUGCAAGGCAGAUUGGAGCUAACUAAAGACAAAAUUGACUUUUGGAUUAAACCGAUUAAACCAAUUGUAGAUGAUUAUUUAUCAUAUGCUAUUGGUUUGCUUAGCAAUCGUGUGGAUGGGUAUCCGUAUCGUGUCAAUUUUACUUUGUCCGACUUGAACUUGGUCAAUGGGAAUGGAUACAUGAUUAGGGAUAUUUACGACUCUGUGACUAUUGGUGAAAUAAUAAAGCCUGACGACGUUCUUUUUAUCAGAGUCAAACCAUCUGGAACUGUUCUUCUGACCGCUACACCAUUGUCGUCAUCGAAGACUGUUACUAGAAUAUAAUUUUUGAAAUUUUCAACAUAAAAAUGUUGUACCUAGUUUAAAUUUUUGGGCUUAUUUCAUGACCCUACCCAGAAUACAAAAUAACUGAUGUGUCUGAAUUCUUAAGUAUUAAAUUUCU